CAACACACAUGAUCUACACCCGCAGGCCAGAUGUGUCCAUUUGGUUUGGAGCGGCCUAUUUGCACUUCACACAUAUGACUGAAAACGUUAGGUAAAUUAGUUGAGGUGAACACCUGGAAGUGAUUACGCAAGACAGGGAGGAUUUUGGGUGUGAAUCUAAAUCCCGUUUGGACCUGAAUCUGACACGAGCUUUAUGAACGAUGGCAGAUCAGGUCAACAAGGUGAGGAGAAACUUUGUGGAGAGUGUGACAACUGAAGUGAUUAAACAGCUCCUGGACGCCCUUUUAGAGGACAGUAUCUUGAAUGAUGGGGAGAAAGACUCGGUGCUUGAAGAGAACAGUAGCAGAGCCGACAAGGCACGCGCCCUAGUCGACAAAGUGAGGAAGAAAGGAGAUGCUGCCUGCAACAAGCUGAUCACUCAUCUUCAGAAGGAAGACCCUACACUUUUCUUUAAACUGGGCCUGUCCUGUGUUCAGCCUGCUCCUGCACCAGCUGCAGAGCUCCAGGCGAAGCAAGAGUUGUCACUCACACUCAUCCCGACCACUGAGGCAUUCUGGAAGGAGAAACAAAAUGAUAAAAAAAUUUAUCCUGUGACCAAAGAUAAUAUCAAGAAUCGUGUGGCCCUGCUAAUCACCAAUAUAAAGUUCACUAAUGAGAGAUUUAACAGGAAAGGAGCUGAGAAAGAUGAGGAGAACAUGGAGACACUGCUCAAAGCUCUGGGAUACGAGGUGGUAAAACACACAAACCUCACUGGAAAGGAAAUAAAUGAUGCUCUGAUGGAGUUCUCUACUCAUCCAAAACUCAAAGCGACGGACAGCGUCGUGGUGGUAAUCAUGUCUCACGGCAAACUGGGAGCUGUCCUUGGUGUCAACGCAAAACAUGGGAUAUCUGACAAUGAGAAACAAGAUGAGUUUCCCAUUGACAACAUUUACAAACACUUAGGUCCAGAGAGAUGUCCAGAGCUGCUAAACAAACCCAAAAUCAUCAUCAUCCAGGCCUGCAGAGGAGAGAGGGCAGGAUCUGUGCUUGUUUGUGAUAGUGCAUCUGGGGACUGUGAUGAUGUCCAACAGUCUGCGUCCUCCUGUGAAGAAGACAUAGAGGAUGAUACUUUGCAAUGUGUUCACAAAGAAAAAGACUUCAUCUCUCUUCUUUCCUGCACCCCUGAUACUGUCUCAUAUAGACAAACAGAUCGUGGGUCUUUUCUUAUCCAGUACAUUGUUGAGGUUUUCAACAACUUUGCAUAUGCGGAAGACAUUGAGGAACUUUUCAGAGCAGUCAUGCAACGCUUUGAAGAUUUUCCUGUUCAGAACAAGAAGCAAAUGCCAACCAAAGACAGAUGCACUCUUAUAAAACGAUUCUACUUCUUUCCGGGUCUCAGUGCUGUUUAUCUGCCUUUGAAUUACCUGAGUAAUUCAAAGGCAGAUAGUAGAGUCACAUUUUUCUCCCUAGAUAAGGAGCUUACCAGAGUGAGGGGGAGAUUUGUGGAAAAGGUUUCGAAAGCCCUUCUCAAGCAGCUCCUGGACGACCUUUUGGAUGAUGGUUUGUUGAAUGAUGGAGAGACAGACUCGGUGCUUGAGGACAACAGUAACAAAGCGGACAUGGCACGCGCUCUCAUCGACAUAGUGAAGAGGAAAGGAGACAAAGCCAGCAGGAAGCUGAUCGCUCAUCUUGAAAGCAGAGAUCCAACACUUCACUCUGAGCUGGGUCUGUCCUGCGGCCAACCUGCUCAGCCUGCAGCAGCAGAGCCCAGCUGGUCAUCCAAGCUCAUCACCACCACUGAUACAUUCUGGAGGGAUAAACUGAAUGAUAAAAACGUUUACCGUGUGGCAGAACAGUCCAUUAGGAAUCGUGUGGCCCUGCUAAUCACAAAUAGAAACUUCACUGAUACGAGAUUAAACAGAUAUGGCGCUGAGAAGGACGAGGAGAACAUGGAGAGACUGCUCACAGCUCUGCGAUACGAGGUGGUGAAAUACAGCGACCUCACUGGAAAGCAGAUUGAUGAAGCUCUAAUGAAGUUCUCCAAACAUCCGAAGCUCAAAGAGACAGACAGCGUGUUUGUGGUUAUCAUGUCUCACGGGAAACUGGGAGCUGUCCUUGGCAUCAACUUUAAAGAUGAAGAGCCGGAUGAAUUCCCUGUUGACAACAUUUACAAACACUUGGGAACAGCGAACUGUCGGGAGCUGCUAAACAAACCCAAGAUCAUCAUCAUCCAGGCCUGCAGAGGAGAGAGUGGUGGAUCAGUGCUUGUUAGUGACAGCGCAAAAGCAGCUGUGGUCUCUGACGAUGCAUCAUGGCCAGGCCCCACUCAUGAAGAAAACAUUGUGGAUGAUGCUUUAAGAUGUGCACACAAAGAAAAAGACUUCAUUUCUUUACUUUCCAGCACCCCAGAUACUGUCUCAUAUAGACAACCAGAACAUGGGUCUUUUCUUAUCCAGUACAUUGUUGAGGUAUUUAACACCUACUCCCAUGAGGAUGACAUUGAUGAACUUUUCAGAAAAGUCAUGCAGCGCUUUGAAGAUUUCCCCUCUGAGACCAAAAGACAGAUGCCAACCAAGGACAGAUGCACUCUAACAAAGCACUUCUACCUCUUUCCAGGCCACUGAGACAGGACUGAGUGUUGGUUAGUGCAAACUUCAUUAAACGUGUAAAAUUAUAUUGGCUUUACUUUAUGAGGAACCAUUCUGCUAGAAAUGGUGGCAUUAAACUUUCUUCUCCAGGGUCAGCUGAGGUUAUGUUAUAAAUGCAUGACACCUGCUCACAGUCAUUUAGCAGAUGAAAGUAUAAUGAAGGAGACAAUGCGAUAUAAAGUAAAAUGCUAAUAAGUAGAAUAUCGGUUGUAUCUACAAUAUAUAAUCAAUAUAUACUCGUGGUGAUAAGUGAUUCAUACUUGAUGUACUGUAACAGUAAUUCUGAUUAAUUCAGUAAUUGUUACUUUUUUCUGUUUCUGCUUGUUUUAAUUUUUACUCCCAAAAAUAUACUUUUGCAUCUUUUGAGAGGUUUUUAUUUGUUUUCAAGACUUCGACAGAUCAAAAGAUUGUAAGUAAAAUUGAUCUGAUAUUUCAGAUUUUUCAUUUAUUCUAUUACAAUAUAUAUUACAGUAUAUACUAAAGUGUGUUAAGAUGGGUGUUUUACAUUAUGCUCACUAUGAUUUAUGAGGAAUUACUUGGUGAAGUGAUACUGUGUGCACAGAAAAAAGUCUGCUCUGAGCAGUGGUGGAAAAUACAGUUACUCAUGUAGUGUACAGUUUUGAGGUACUUUCACUUCACUUAGUAUUUCCAUUCUAUAUACUUAGCCUAUAUUUCUAUUCUACUAGGUUUCAGAGGAAAAUGUUGUGCUUUUUUUCUCCACUACAUGUAUCUGACAGAUGUAGUUACUUUGCAGAUGAUUUUUUAGAUAUAAAAUAUAUGAUUGAUUCAUAAAAUACAGUGCAAAAUAAUGUUACAAAAUAAACAGUACAACCACAACAUUAAAUGUUGUUUACAUGUUAAUGUAUCUAAUGUAAUCCAAUAAAUAAAGUAAUAUACUGUUCUGAAGGGGUCAUACUGCAAAUCAGAGUACUUUUACUUUUGAUACUCUCAGGAUAUUUUUGCUGAGGAUAUUUCUGUACUUUUUCCUCAGUAACAUUCUUAGUGUAGGACUAGUUGUAAUGCUGUAUUUACUGUAUUAUUGUGCUCUUACUUACUUAUUAAAGGAUCUGCACACUUCCUCUGUCACUGUCUGAGGGGACAUGAUUCAAGAUGUCUGCUAAUAAUCUUUCAGAAAACAGGAGAUGGAAACAUUUAUUAAACCACACAUUUUUAAAUAAAAUAUUAGUAGGUAGAAAAGUGAUUGUAUCUAUGUGAAAUAAUCAGUGUAUACAUGAUGGUAAGUGAUGCAUUUUUACAUGUAGAUGGAGUAAUUUCUAAUAGUUAUGAUAAUAAGAAUUCAAUGUGUUAAGCAUUAAUCUGUGAUGGACUAUAGACCUUUGGUUAAAUAUUACUGAAGCAUUGCGUACUAACUCUGAAUGAUAAAGGAAUAAUCAAAUACUGUUUAUAAAUGUGUUUAUUUGGAUGCAAUGAUCAGUCUAGUAUGCAUGAGGCUAAAAGGAAGCAAAUGUUCUGUUUGUUUUAACUGAGAAAAGAGGAACUUUGGAGUCCAGAUGAGAGCUGAUGCAAAGUAAAGUGCCCAAAGGACACAAUUGUCCUACAAAAAUG